CGGGUAUAGACGUCUCCCGUUACAAAUGAUCUAGAUCGAAUUUUUUUCAAAGAUGAAUGCACAACACAGCCAGCUUCUAAUCAAAGAAUUGUCCCGUCUCAGAGAGGAGGAAAGACACGUAGAUUUCUCACUGAUCUGCGCGGAGAUCAAGACCAAUUGUCAUAAAGUCGUUCUGGCCAUCUUUUCGCAAAGGGUGUAUGACGUUUGUUUGGGAUCGCAUUGUACUGAACUGAACACCAAGGCAAAUGCAGAUAAUCUAAUUGAGAAGCUCUAUAAACCGUCAUAUGACGACACAAAAGUCGAUGUCAUUGAAUUUUUACUGAAAAUAGCAAAACCUGCAGAAGAACUUGGCAUAGAAAUUCUUAUUAAAUCCAAAAAAGUGACAACUUGGAAAGAUAUUCAGCGGGAAAGGCUACAAGUAUUUUCAAAACAAAUGAUAGAAUUUUGGCAUAAAGAAAAAUUUACAGAUGUAGUCUUGCAUGUUAGUGGAAAGGAAUUCAGAUGUCAUAAAGCCGUUUUGGCGGCCAUGUCUCCGUACUUUGAUGCCAUGUUUAUGUCUGGCAUGAAAGAAACUGGAAAAAAUGCCAUUGAAUUGCAUGGAUUUGAUAAGAAAACUGUUGGAAAGGUAAUAGGGUAUAUUUACACAGGAGACUGCGCUAUUGACAAUAAUAACGCGGAUUUGAUACUCACAGCAUCCGUUUACUUCCAAGUAAAACCACUACAGAGAUUAUGUGAGCGAUUUCUCGCUUCUCAUAUAGAUCCAGAUAAUUGCAUUGAUCUACUAAGCUUGGCAAAGUCAUGCAGUUGUGAAAUUCUUAUAAACGAUGUCAUUAACUUCAUGAAGAAAACCAUCAUGAAAUUAUUUCGAAAUUCAUCUUUUACAAAACUUAACUACGAAACACUGGUGGUAUUAGUAUCGAGCGACGACUUACUAGUUUCUGAGGAAAGUUCUGUUUUAGAUAUAAUUCUUCAGUGGUUUGAUGGUCAGGAGAGUAAAGAUGAAGAGGCGCUUCUAACUCUAUUGGAGCACAUUGAAUGUCCUCAAAUUAAACUCGAAAAUCUCCAGCACAUCUGUGAAACAAAUAAAUACUUGCAACAGUAUCCCUUGUGCAAACAGAAGCUACUGGAUGCAGAAAGAGGUAAUGCGAAGUCGGGUAAAUUCAGAAAUGAUGAAGUAUUACUUGUUGUGAGACCUAAUACUUUUUCAGAUGAUGUUGACAUUGUGUGUUACAGUUUUGGGCAAAAUAGUUGGUUUUCCUUGAACAAGAUAAUCAAAUACAAAGCAGGAUCAAGCCCAGGAGUGUGUUUUCACGAGAAGAAUGUAUUUAUAUCAGGGGGGUCUGGAAAUCUCAAAAAUUUUAUCAGGUACGAUUGCUACAAAAAUGAAUGGCAUAAAUUACCAGGAAUGAAACGGGGGCGGUUUGGUCAUUGUAUGUGUGGAACUGAAAUGGGCAUAUUUGUAAUUGGUGGGAAAAGAAUGUCUCAUGAUAGUUUUAACUCCAUUGAGAAAUACCGUUUAGAUGAAAAUAUAUGGUCAGAAGAGGGGACCCUACUCACUCCAGUUUCAGAUGCUUCUUGUGCUUGUGUGGAGUCGAGGAUUUUUGUUUUCGGGGGUUCACAGAGUGCUUUUAGUUUUACCCAUGCCAUUCAGUACUACGAUAUAAAAACCAAAAAUUGCACCCAGGUUAGCACAUUUCCAAAAGGAGUUCUUACUGGGAUAAUGAGGAUUUGUUGGUGUGAGGACUACUUUUAUCACGUGACUGCGGAAGGAAAAGUUUUACAGUCUGAUAGAACAUAUCCUUGUGCCCCGGAGCCUAGAUACUUAGGAACUAUUCAGAAGCGGCUGAUGAUGACUGGAUAUUCUGUUGUCUACUAUAAAGACAGCAUCUUACUGGUCAGUGAUACAAAGACUGCUCAAGGAGAAAGUAAGGUCAUUCAGUAUGGAAUCUCAGAAAACAAACGUUUACUUUGUGACAUUAAGCAGAUCCCAUUUCCACCUGAUUCAAACCAAUAUUUUGCGGUCAUUACAAAUAUUAGCAAGAAAUUUUUAAUAUCAGUGCUUAAGUAAACAUGUA